AUGGAGGCCCUGAUUAAUGACGCUAGAAAGCUGUUUGGUUAUGAAGAAGAUGAAGAUCUUUCCGUUUUUCUGGAAAGCAAAGGAGCUAGGGUAUCUACAGAAGAAAUUUUUCGUUCCAUAACGGAAGAAACCACUGGUACAAUAGAGCUGAUGAUUUUAAGACAAACCCGGGGAGAAUUUUGGAGUCCGGUGGAAGUACCAAGUAUACUGACUAGUCCAAGCAUACAGAUGAUCAGCAUCAACCAAAGUCAAAACUUCCAAAUAGGAGACAGCAACAGAUUGUUUCUGACAGAUUAUACUAGGGAUGUAGAUGGUGUACAGGAUGACAUGUCGGUCCAUGCAGAAAAUACAGAAGAUAUUUCAGUGAUACCUGACCCGUUACUUCGACUGUAUUCACUUAUCUCACAGCCUAAGCUUUGGUACGAGCUAGAUAGGACUGCCCGCCAGGUGGACAGAAACAAAGUUCUGGAGUACAGGGAUGAAAAUGGAUUCAAUGUUCUACAUGCUGCAGCGUUUCAUAAUAAUAGUGAUGCGGUUGUCACAAUAUGGAGACAUUUUGAUUGGCCAACGCUUUCCACGCAGGUCACAAGCGGCACUAUCCCCGUUGAGCUAGAAGGCUGUACUGCCAAAGAGAUAGCUGUAAAGAAAUGUAAGAAGAGUAUAGCAAACCAAAUUGAUUUUGAAGAAAAAAUUGAAAGUGUAAUGAAACCAAUUCACAAGGCCAUAAGAAACCAGAGUAUGGGUGAACUAAAAAAUAUCUGCGCUCGUGACCAUACUAUGGUUAAUAUAACUGGGCCUAACAAUUUUACACCACUGCACGUUGCUGCCGGUGCAGGAUUCCUAGACGGUGUGAAGCUGCUUCUCAAAAUGGGUGCAGACCUGAAUGCUGUCACAGAGUCUGGUGAAACAGCCCUGGGUCGUGCCUGUAGGAUGGGGUACGAUGACGUGGUGGAGUACCUCACUGAUCUCCCGAACAUCGACAUCAAGAAAAGUUUGCAUUCAAAUAUGGGAGACUUAACGUGCCUCGAUGCCAUAGCGAUGGGUAACUUCAGAGACAUUUACGACAGGCUGCGGCACCAUGGUUUACCUGUGACAAGCAAUACCCUGGUGUGUGCCGCAUGGGGCGGUCACGUCGAGUUAGUGAAAGAAAUAGCAGCAAUGGACGGAAUCGAUGUCAAUUAUCAGAACAAGGACGGGAACACCGCUUUGCAUUUAGCAUCUAGGGAUGGUCAUGUAGAUGUGGUUAAGUGUUUGAUAAAUGAACAUAAGAUGGACCCCAAUAUUCAGAACAAAAACGGAAACACUGCUCUUCAUAUUGCAGUUCUCAAUAAUGUCGGCCUGGGCCUCGUGGAAUGUCUGUUAGAUGAAGGUGGUGCAGAUCCAACCAUCCUAAAUAAUUAUGGACAAAAUCCAGCACAUGUGGCAGCAAAUAGUGGACAAGUACAGUGUUUGAAUGUCAUUCUGAGAACACAUACUGGAUUGAUGAACAAACGAGGUGAUCUCUACGAAGGAAGUCUGGUAUAUUUAGUCCGCGGUAAGGAUAGAGGAAGACCUGCGUGGCAUUAUGUCCUGGUCAAGAUGAAGCUUUAUGAGGCCUUCUUGGGUAAACCACUAGGUGGAAGUAUAAAUGUGGGAGAUUACGGAAAGGUGCUGCACUCAGCAUGGGGAAAUGAUCCCCCCGAUGACAUUGUUAAGAAGAUAACUGACAAGUAUGAUAAAUGUAAAGACUCCGCACCAGAGGAUCUUACCCCGCUCCACCACGCCGUUCUAGAACAACACCCCGCUGUGGUGGAGAAACUUCUGGAGCUUGGAGCUGCGACAGACGUCCGCGAUGCGUACAAACUGACGCCGCUACACUUGGCCUGUAUGCGAGGUAACAGAGAAGUUGUGAAACUACUGGUGGAAGCAGGGGCGGACACUAAGGCGACAGAUGACGAUGGCGACACCCCACUGGACGUGGCCAAACUCAACCACCAGGAUCUCACUGUUGCUUUUAUGGAAAAGGCUGUGAUAGUGAAAUUCGUUAAGGAUAGCAUCCAACAACCUGUCAAAGAAAUUAUGGAUUUACUAGAGCAUGACCUUGACACUGACGUCACAGUUGAUGAGUUGAAGAUCCAGCUUCACGAUAUAAUCCAGCGGUUGAUGACGGGAGGCUUUUCUUGUUUGGCGAAACUAAAUCCAGACGAUGAUUCUUCCAAACAUUUUGAAAAGGAAACAGACACCAAGAAAACAGACGAAGAGGAAUGAAUUGAGGAACGAGAAGUGGGCUUCUCUUUAGCAGAUGUACUACAGAAGGUUAAACCAAGACGGGGUAUUUUCAUAAUGGCAACAUUGCAC